AAAGGAGCGCGCCGACCGGCCGACCGCCUCCGUAGCCGUUCCGCACGCGUCGCCCGCGGGACAACCGAGUCGUCCUGAUCGUCGUCCUCGUCGUCGUCGUCGUCGUCGUCGUCGUCGUCGUCGUUCCCGUUGCAGCCUGGAACAGAGCCUUUUCGGCUUUUACGCGUCCGAUCCGCCCGGAAACGGACCUUUGAGUAUCCCCUGCGACCCUCUUCAGCGGCCAUUUGAGUGCAUUUUUUUCCCAGACGAUCAUCGUGCGGUGUUCUUUUCAACCGACCCGCUCGUCGUGCCAGCCUGUUGCUGUCUGAGCGGACCGUCGACUAUAAUAUUAUUAUUACAUAUAUUUUUUUAGAUAUAUAUUCAUAGUAUAUACCUGCACUGAGUCGUGUCGUCGUUUGUCGAUCGCCAAUAUUCUUCUAUCCCGCACAUUCUACAUAACAUAAUAAUUAUAUUAUAAUUAUAUUUUAUCGUAUAAUAUAAUAUAAUAUUUGAAGAUCAUUAGCGGUGCAAUAAUGCUUUUGUGUCUGUUGCCGGUGACGCUGACGUUGGCCGCGUUGGUCACCGACGGGACGGGCGACACGGCGGCCGCGGACAAGCGUUUCGCCCUGCGGCCGGUGGACCCGUUGACUAGGCGCAGCGCCAUGGACAAGAACUUCAUGCGGUUCGGGCGGGCGUUCGGCUGCAGUUGGACGGCGCCAUCCGCGUCGGCGGUUGCCAAGCGCCUGGACCCGUCGUCGGCCGUCGGCCGCCGCGUCGACUCCAACUUCAUCAGGUUCGGCCGCCGGGACUCCAACUUCAUCCGGUUCGGCCGGGGCGAAGUGUACACGCCCGGCGACAACAAAAUACCCAGGCGCAACUAUGACGUGGACGUGGACGGGCUGGAAGUCCGGUUCGGCCGGUCCGCCGGGAGCAUCGACCGCAGUCCGUUCGCCGCAGCGCUACCGCCGCCGUACGACGAUCGCCGCUGAACGACACGAUAUCAUAACAUUAUUAUAAAAUAAUACCCUAAUACAUAUUAUAUACUAUUACUACUAUACUUGCUAUAUUUAAAGUAUUACUAAAAAAUA